AUGCGUCUGACAGAUCGGCGCAGCGACGGGAAACACGACUCCCAUAACACGCAGUCAGCGCUUCCUGAUACCGGCCUGCCCAGCUGUGUGGAGCUGGAAGACGAAGCGGUCCGUAGCAUCACACCCUGGUUUCUGCUGUUUCUCUGCUCUUAUCGUAAAUCAGAGAGGGCCAAAGGCUACUUCAGCGUGUUGGCAGUGGUGCUGAGAACAGAUAACGAGUCUCCGUGGACGGACGAGUUUGACAAAAUUGAAUUAUCGUGUCUGAUUGAGUCCAUUUCCACAUCAAACCCCAGAAUUGAAUGGAAGAAGAUAACAAGUGAGGGGCCCAGUUACGUGUACUUUGACAAGAAGAUCUCAGGCGACCUGGAAAACCGCGCUGUGAUCAGAGAGCCGGCCACGCUGCUGAUAACCAACGCCACCAGGUCGGACACGGCCAAGUACCGCUGCGAGGUCACCGCCGCCGGCGACCAGAAAACCUUCGACGAGGUGGAGAUCGACCUGGUUGUGAGAGUGAGGCCCGUGGUGCCCAAAUGCAGCGUCCCAAAGUCGGUGCCUUUCGGGAAGUCGGCCGAGCUGAGCUGCCUGGAGGAGGAGGGCUUCCCCAAGUCCCAGUACCAGUGGUUCAAGAACCGGGAGGAGAUCCCCGAGGACCCCAAGACCAGCCUGAAAUUCUUCAACUCCUCCUACACGCUCAGCGCCGAAACAGGAACUCUGAAAUUCAUCGCAGUCAGAAAAGAAGAUGCGGGCGAGUACUUUUGCCGGGCCAAGAACGACGCCGGGCACGCCGUGUGUGUGCCCCAGACGAUGGAAGUGUAUGACAUCGACGUUGUGGGGAUCAUACUGGGAGUGCUGGUGGUGGUGGUGGUGCUCCUCUGCAUAACGGUGGGGAUCUGCUGCGCCUACAAACAGGGCUACUUCUCCACCCAGAAACAGACGGGGAACAAUUACAAAGUUCCCGCCAAAGGCGACGGGGUGGACUACGUCAGAACGGAGGAUGAGGUUUGUGAAGCAUUUUUCAGGGCAGCAAACUUUGGACCUGGUUCUGGUCGGACCUGA